AUGGACGCCGACGCGCAGAUCGUCGUCGUGCGGGCGGCUCUUGUGCCCCUGCCCGCCAAGCCCGCCGCGUUAGCUGGCAUUGGCGGCGCCGUGCAAAGCCGCGGAGGCGCGACGGCACAAGGCGAGAAGAAGUUCCUGUUCUCGCCGAGCAGAACAAGUAAACACGUCACCUUCAAAUUCUAUUAUCGCCGAGAAGAACAAGUAACACCUCAUCAUCUUCCAAACUCAGACCUCGUCGAGCUGAACAAGAACCAAAUCUUUCUGAUUUCGCCGGAGACACUAUCAACAAGGCUCUCCUUCGCCGGCAUCAUAGGCAGCGAAUUGGAAUUGGAGUCUGAUCAAAUUGCGACUCGAAUUAGAGAAGUCUCAGGCACGUCCCUGGUCAGAGAAGUCCCAUCUAGCAUAUGUGAUAAAUUGAAUUUUAUUGGCAUCGACGACUAUGGGCAGGAGGUGAUAUCAAGCCCUGGUCUAGAGAAUGUGGACAAUGAUGAGUCCAUUGAAUCUGGUGGUGAUGUUUAUCCUGAUUCAGUUUAA